GCACAACUGUAGGGAAAAUGAACGCCAAAGAUUUUGCUCUUCAACCAAAACGAAAUGGCACCAGGACUUGUCGUUGGAUUAAACAAGGGAAAGGCUUUGACCAAGCGUCAAUUGCCUGAGCGUCCUUCUCGUCGUAAAGGACAUCAAUCGAAGCGUACUUCUUUUGUUCGCUCUGUCGUCCGUGAGGUUGCUGGUUUCGCUCCCUAUGAACGUCGUGUUAUGGAAUUGAUCCGUAACUCUCAAGACAAGCGUGCUCGUAAGCUCGCCAAGAAGAGACUUGGUACCCUCAAGCGUGCUAAGGGCAAGAUUGAAGAGCUUACCGGUGUCAUUCAAAGCUCUCGUUUGGCUCAUUAAAAGAAAUGUUAUGUGUUGUAAUAAUCAAAAGGCAUUACAAUUUACUUCUGUUGAAAACUG